AAAUUCAUGGACAAGAAAGUGCUAUUCAGACUGACUGGGGGAAGGCAUGUACAAGGAAUUCUGCAUAGCUUCGACCUUUUCAUGAAUCUUGUGAUGGGUAAGAACAACAACGACAUGGUUAUUAUUCAAGGGAACAGCAUUAGAAUGCUGGAAGACUUGGAACAAGAUUAG